AUGGCGGAAGACGAAGAAAAGACAGCAGGCGGUUACAUGCCGGCGGCAGUGCCAAACACCAGCCCCAGUCACCACAAUGAGAACGCAAGCGACGACACAUCAGACGAGAAGUUGUUGCUAACGGAGGACGAAGCUUGGUCGCGAGCGAGAAAGAGGCCCGAUGUCGCGUUACCGAUCUACCUCAUCUUCUCACCCGACGACAAGGACAAUCCGAGGAACUGGCCAGCUUGGAAACGAUGGUACAUCGGCUGUUUCGUGAACUGGCUCAACGUCCUGACCUGUUGGUGCGCCGGCAGCAUCUCGUCAGGAGCUGAGGAGAUCCAGGCCGAUUUCCACGUGUCCGCAGAGGUCACGACGUUAUGUCUCUCGAUGUACAUCCUCGGCUUCGCCGUCGGCCCACUGCUGCUCGCUCCCCUAUCUGAGCACCUCGGUCGGAGACCUGUCUACGUCGCUUCAUGGUUCUGCCUGGUCUUAUUCAAUAUGGCAAUCGCCCUCGCGCCCAACAUCGGCACGAUCCUCGUCUGUCGGUUCCUGGCCGGCUUCGCAGGCAGUGCGCCUCUGACCAACACCGGAGGAUCGAUCUCAGACCUCUUCAAACGAGACGAGUGCGGAGGCAUCAUGGCCGUGUAUGGACUCAGCAGCACCCUCGGGCCCCCCUCGGCGUUGCCUAUCAGCGGCUACAUGGCCCAGAACCUAGGCUGGCGCUGGAUCUUCUGGAUCCUGAUGGCAAUCACCGGUGGUUUCUGGAUCUUGCUCUUCUUCACGGUUCCCGAGACGCGGCACUCCAUAGUCCUCCGGAAGAAGGUUAAGCGAGUCCGCCGAGAGAUGAAGAAGGAGGACCUUGCCACGGCCAAUUCCAUCAAGGAUGUCAAUGCAGAUGAACAUGACACGUUGGGUUCGGUUGCCCACAGGACGCUGACGCGACCUAUACGCUUUCUCUUCACCGAGCCGAUCACCGUCUUCGCUGCCGUGUAUAACGGCUUCUUAUUCGGUCUAGUCUUCCUGUUCAACGAAGCUUUCCCGCUGGUCUUUGGACCCGGGGGUCAUGGGUUUGAUACCGGACAAGUCGGGCUUUCCUUUUUAGGUCUUACCAUCGGACCGAUUAUAGCCUUCUGCUUCUACCCACUCCAGGAGCGGUACUAUCUAUCUCGUGUCGCUGCGAACGCCGGCAAGGCCGUACCAGAGGCUCGUGUGUGGAUGGCGCGUGCGGGGGCCUUCCUAAUCCCCAUCAGCCUGUUCUGGUUCGCCUGGACCUCGUUCGCCAGUGUUCACUGGAUCGUCCCCAUCAUCGCGUCUGUGUUUUUCGGCGCUGGGAUCUACAUCAUCAUCCUGAGCAUCCUCAACUACGUGGUAGACGCGUAUCAGACCUAUUCCGCCUCGGCCUUGGCAGGGGUCAUCUUGGCAAGAAACAUUACUGGUGCCGCCUUUCCACUAUUCGCCGAGCAGAUGUACAAGAAAUUGGGCCUUGAAUGGGCUUCAAGCUUGUUGGGAUUCCUUGCUAUACUCUUGAUUCCGAUCCCGUUCAUUCUGUUUUACAGAGGAGAAGCGAUCCGCCUGCGAAGUCCAUGGGCGAGAGAACACUUUGAACAAGACGAAGAUGUACCUCAUUGA